AUGUGUCGCCGCCGCAAACUUCGGUGCGAUCGCCACCAUCCAUGCUCGACUUGCUCGUCCCGCGGUCUGACGUGCGCCUAUGUGGAAACGCACCCGCCGUCGUCCUGGAGGCGGCCGACUGACGCGGCGCCCAGCGUGCAUGAUCGCCUGGUCCUGCUCGAGAGCCUCGUCGUCUCCCUCGUGGGCUCCGACAGCAAGCCCGGCGCCAGCCCCAUCGGUGACUCGGCUGCCGCAGACCGGGGCAGUCUGGCGGGCGACCACGUACAGGUGCCCUCGGAAUGCGGGAGCAUUCGUGUCAGCGACUCGGAGCUUCGUUACGUCGGCGGCGAGCACUGGGCGGCCAUUCUCGAUAGCAUCACCGAUCUCAAGCAUCACCUCGACCGGGAGGAGCAGCUCCAGCUCGCAGGCAACUGGGACCACGUUAUGAGCGACAACGAAAGCGGCCUUGGCGGUGCCGACUGCCCAUCGCCCCAUGCGCUGCUUCUGUACGGAUGUCGUCGCCGGGCUUCGCGCUACUUUAACAACCUGGAGAUGGCCUCUCUAGGCAUCGUCCACGGGCCUAGCUUUCUCAGGGAAUACGAGACUUUGUUGGCCAACCCGUCCGGCGUCCCAAUCGCGUGGAUCGGCCUCCUUUUUAGCGUCAUAUGUCUUGCGGUAGUGACCUCCGGCACGAACGACCCUUCGCAGAGUUACGAACUGGAGCAGCAGUCGUUGCAAAUCAACUUGUAUCGUGAAAAGAUUGUGCAGUGCCUCAUCGCCAGCGUGUACACCAAGUCGGGGCCGCAUGUUAUGGAGACGAUGCUUCACCAUCUCCACAUCGAAUUCGUGAUCCGCGCCGACGCCGACAAGGACACUUGGUUUCUGCUCGCCCUCGUCGUCAACCUGGCCAUGCGCAUGGGCUAUCACCGUGAUCCCAGCCUCUUCAAGUCGCCAGCAGCUAGCGUCACCGACUCUCCGCAAGUCAUCAUGGCCCGACUUUUCAUCAGUCACUUGCUCUACAAGGGGCAAAUCCUGCUCCACAGACGGUCCUAG